CUGUAUGCUAAUCACAUGGCAAAGCAGUUUCACUUCUCAGAUUCAAGGUCUCCUCCCCCAUGACCACAAAACCCCGUGCUCUUUCGCCCAAACACCUCUGACCUCUCUUCUAUAAUAAAAUCUAUAAGCGAAAAACAAAAAAACUUCAGUCUAUUUAGGUUGUACUGAACAUAGAUUAUUGCUCGGUAAAGGGUUCUCACCUUUUAGCAAAAAACAGUGCACCGCACCGAUAAGUUUUAGUUUCAGGAGCAUCAAUGGCUUCUCAGUCAGCGAAUUUGUGGGUGUUGCUAGGACUAGGGUUGGCAGGGAUAGUGAUGCUGACGAGAAAGUUUAAGAAAGCAGUUAAAGCUGACUUUGGGGCUUUCAUUGAGAGGCUUCAGCUUCUUCCCCCGCCUCAGCCUCCCCCGCCUAAAGCUCCGCACCCUCUCACCGGCCUCUUUUUCGCCGUGUCUGACGUGUUUAAUAUAGCUGGAUUUGUUACUGGUUUUGGCAAUCCAGACUGGUCAAGGACUCAUGAACCUGCAACACGGACAUCUACUGCAGUCACUGCUCUUGUAGAAGGAGGUGCAACUUGUGUUGCAAAGACUAUCGUAGAUGACAUGGCUAUAGGAUUAAGUGGAGAAAAUAAGCAUUAUGAUGCACCUACUAAUCCCGCAUCUUCUUCAAGAGUUCCCGGAGGUGCAUCUAGUGGAGCUUCAGUAGCUGUAGCUGCAAAUCUUGUGGAUUUUUCUUUGGGUAUUGAUACUGAUGGUGGUGUGCGAGUCCCUGCUGGAUAUUGUGGGAUUCUUGGGUUUCGACCGUCACUUGGGACUGUUUCUCACAUGGGCAUAAUUCCUGUCUCGCCUAGCCUUGAUGUAGUUGGAUGGUUUGCAAAGGAUCCCAAUAUACUGCGUCGUGUUGGGCAUGUGCUGCUUCAGAUCCCCUUUACUGCUCAACGCAAUCCAAGGAACAUUUUGAUAGCUGAUGAUUUGUUUCAGUCAUUAAAUGUUCCUAUUGAUCGUACCUCUCAAGUAGUAAUUAAAGCCAUUGGAAAGCAGUUUGGAAGACAAACGAUAAAACAUGAGAAUCUGGAUGCCUAUUUAAGUAAAAAGGUCCCAAGCUUGAAGUCAUUCAAUAAGUUAAAUGGUGAUGUUAACUUGUCCACAAUACGAUUGUUAGCACAUGUUGUCCAAGUACUCAAGAGGCAUGAGUUCAAGCAAUACCAUGAUGAUUGGAUAAAAACUAUGAAGCCUAUGUUGGACCCUAUUGUUACAUCACAACUGCACGGCGGGCAGGACAUGUCAGAUUCAGAGAUUGGUAACUGUCAUGCUGUAAGGAAUGAAAUGCGAUCAGCUUUAAAUGAUCUUCUAAUGGUUGAUGGGGUUUUAGUUAUUCCUACCGUUAUUGAUCUACUUCCAAAAACUGGUUCAAAGGGGAUUCAGUCCAUGGAUUAUGUAUUUAGAGCUUCUAUGUUUGCUAGCAUUGCUAGCCUCGCAGGUGGUUGCCAGGCCACCAUACCUCUGGGGUUUCACGAUAAAUGCCCAGUUUCGGUCUCGUUUGUAGCAAGGCACGGGGGUGAUAGGUUUUUAUUGGAUGCAGUACAUUCUCUAUAUGCGUCUCUGCAGGAGCAGGCAGAAUUAGCUGCACGGACAAAAUGCUCUAGUAUUACUAUCAGUAAGGAAGUGUCAGCUGAGAUGGCUAAAGAAAAGGGAAACCAAGCGUUUAAAGAGAAACAGUGGCAGAGGGCGAUUGGCUUCUAUACAGAGGCUAUCAAACUCAAUGGCGAUAAUGGAACUUACUAUAGUAACCGGGCUGCAGCAUAUCUGGAACUUGGAAGCUUCAUUCAAGCCGAAACAGAUUGUACUAAAGCCAUCGAACUUGAUAAGAAGAAUGUAAAAGCAUACUUUAGGAGGGGAACAGCGCGAGAAAUGCUUGGCUACUAUAACCAGGCCAUAGAAGAUUUCAGAUAUACACUGGUGCUUGAGCCAACCAACAAGAGAGCAGCCCAGUCUGCGGAGAGGCUGACAAAGCUGUUCCAAUAGGGGGGGGGGGGGGGGGGGGGUGCUUUGUUAUUAGAGGAACAUAAUUGGUGGCAGUUGAUAGUUGGUUGAUACAUUCUUAUGCUCGCCGAUGAGAGGAUAGAUACCCUUGUUAGCAACGUGGAAGUUCCGGAGCGAUUCAGCAUUAGUUUUUGCAGUUCUAUAUCUUUCUUGAUCAGAUGAGUUUGUAAUUAUAUUGCAAUUUUGGGCUCAAUGCUUUGGUUUGGGCUUUUGAACUGCAUGGAUUAUCGAAAGAACUUUUGAUUUUAAGCCUUCUAACGCAAGCUUCAAAUUGGUUGCUCUUUAAGCGAUAAUAAUAAUUUUGGAUGUAGACAUUAUUCGCCUUUGAAGGUGAAAUGGCCUUCACUUUAGUGUAUAUCAUGCCUGCGGAAGUGUGAUGUGGG